GCGACAUUCGCGAUACCAGGUGUUACUGUCUUGUGACAUAGAUUAUACAUGCGUUCUUCAACUGAGAAGCGCAUGUUUCACUCAUGCUCGAAGUAGCUGUACAGCAUGUGUGUCUACAGAAGUAACUGGUCCUUAUGUGUGUAGCCUGUAGUCCCAUAGCCUUUACAAAUUCAAGGUCAGUAGUGCACAGCUAUAAUAUGGAAGUGACCCCUAACUUUGGUUGUCAACGUUGUUGAAGACUUUGUGUACUCAUAUGCUAUAGACCAUGGCAUCGUCGCCCGAACUCUCUACUCUAAAUUGCUCUGCAUUUGACAGUAACACAACGCUGAACUUUACUCUACCCCCGCUGGAUUACUCUCUUGCGGACACAUACAAAGUUGUGGCAGGAUCCCUUGUGUUCCUGUUCAUCCUGCCCUUUGUCCUUUUCGAGUUCAGCUUCUUCCCAAUUGGCGCCUCCUCCGCCAUACUGCUGGGUGCCGUCCUCAUGGUGGCAACAACUGUACUGAACCAGAGAGACUUUUAUGACAUUAUUGGAGAAGACGGAAACUUGCGGACAAUAUUCCUUCUCCUUGGUAUGAUGAUUAUAUCCCAGUACUUUGAACGAGAACAUAUCAUUCACAAAAUGAUGAACAAAAUGUUGAAGAACGAUAUAUCCUUCCCCGGCUAUUUAUGGAGAGUUAAUAUGUUGUCCUUCAUAGUGGCUGCAUUGUUCACCAACGACGCUGCAUGUAUCAUACUGACACCACUGGUUCUAAGGCACUGGUGCUCACAGGAUAGACCAACUGUUGAGCUGGAGACCCUUACACUAGCAAUAUCAACAUCAGCAAACAUUGGAAGUGUCAUUACCAUAUUCGGUAAUCCUCAAAUGGCAUUGAUAGCGUCAACAACCGAGGAACCUGUAUUCCUUAAAAGUCAGCUUGAUCUCCAGCGCAGCAUUACUUACCUCGGUAUUCCGGCAGUCAUAGGCUACUUCCUCAACUUGGCCUUCCUAGUUGCUCACUUCCAGUUGAAUGCUUCCUAUAGGCUCUGUAACAAACCAGUCGCUUUAGCAGUUGAGGUAGAUGCCGCGUCGUCAUCAGAGGCAGAUGUCAAGGGAAAGAGCAGGGUCUUUCUUUGGCUGCCUCUCCUUGUACUGAUCGUCAUGUUGGUGCUUUUUUUUGUUAAGACAGACGACUUCCGGUUUGAUAUAGGUAUUCUUCCAAUGGCGGCUUCUGCUUUAAUAAUGACAGCAGACGCCGUAUUGAACAAGACCAACCCAAGCCGCCUGAUAAUGAAAGUAGACUGGAACGUCAUCCUCAUGUUCUUCGGUAUUUUCGUGUGGCUGGGUGGGGUAAACGCCACGCGAGUGCCACGUUAUGUGUGGGAGGCUAUUGGUUUAGCUGGUCAUCCUAUCAAUGAUGCUAAGACAAUUGCAACAUUUUCGGCGUUUGUUAUCUUUGGGUCUAACAUUUUCAGCAACGUGCCCUUGACGAUCAUCGUUUUAGAGCAGUUGCAACCGUGUGCCGAUCAGCUGGAGCUUGUGCUAUACCUUGCGUGGUGCUCUACCAUCGCCGGCAACCUCACACUCUUCGGCAGUGUGGCAAACAUUAUCGUGGCGCAGAAAUCCAAGCAAACCCUGAAUAUUCCCCUCACGUUCUGGACAUUCUUCAAAUACGGCUUUUUGACGACACUUAUUAUUACUGUACAGGGCAUAUUUAUCAUCUAUGGACUCUUGCGGCUAUGAUGGCUCACGUCAGGAUUGUAUGUUCAUAGAACGCGCUCGUAUCACAACAAGGAACUAGCAGACAUGUUAUUAUCACAAGAAAAUCCAAGUCAUGAUCGUGGAUGAUUGUCACCUGUGUUAGUAGUAGUUAGCCUAGUGUUUGCCUCACUUUCCUACAUUCAUUUUGUAAACAUGUAAUUUCAGUCCUGAAUGAUUCCAUUUGUUUUGUUUUAUUUAAACAUAUUUUAUUCAGAUUGUAAUAGAUUGGGAACAAGUUAACCAACUUAGGACUCCCUCUCCAUGGUAUUUACAAAGCUUGUACAGUAAAUCUAUACAAGGAAAACAGAAAAGAAGAUGAGUGUAAAGAUAACAAGAAAUGUACAAAAGAGAGACUAGUAUAUGUACAUUAAAGUGUUACCCAAAUCUCUUUGUAUGACUUAUAAACAUUUGCACUGCU